UAGCACAGUUAGGUUAGUGUUUGUUAAAAAUAGAAGCCAUGAGCAUGCAAGUAUCUGGAUUGGAAUAUCUCAAGAGUUAUUCUGGAAUUUUAAAAAUUUCAGAAGAGAUAAUAAAUACUAUAGCUAUUUUGAUGGGCUCGUAUUAUGGACAUAAUCAGAAAACGUACUUCCUACUAACCGUAGCAACGUACGCGCUAUUGUUUACAGGAAUAUUACUGCUGCUACAUUUGACAGGGAAACUAAAGAAGUCGGACCUUCCAUGGUUUUGGAUUGAAUGUGUGAACUGUCUUAUUUUGGCGAUUAUGUAUAUAUUAGCUGCAUCCAUUGUUAUGUCAGAGUUAACAAAAGGAUUUAUAAUAACAGGGGUGAUUGGUUAUAUUGCUGUUGGGGCAUAUGUAUUGGAUACCAUAGAUAAGUACAAAUUGGCUGUAACUGUAAGAGCUCGAUACGUUUGGACUACACCAAAUUUGCCUGAGUAAAAAAGUUGGUACUGAAGAAUGAAAUAGUUUUGAAAAUAAGUAUUUAAAGUAAUAGCUAAUGACUAUACUUACAAGUUAAUCUAAUAGAUUAUUUAAAUUUUU